GCCGAACCGGGACGCGGAGCCGAGCUCCGCACCCCGCGGAGCGGCCCAGCCCGGGAGCCAUGCCGCUGCCGUGCCGGGGCUGGACGCUGGCUUUGCUCACGCUGCUCGUCGGCUUCCUCAUCUUCGCCGACAUCUCGGAGAUCGAGGAGGAGAACGGGAGUUCUGGAGGCAGAGGUACAAUCAGAUCAGCUGUGAACAGCUUACAUAGCAAAUCUAAUAGAGCUGAAGUAGUAAUAAAUGACUCUUCAUCUCCAGCUGUUGUUGACAGAAGUAAUGAAAGCAUUAAGCACAACAUUAAACCAGCCUCAUCCAAAUGGAGACACAACCAGACACUCUCUUUGAAGAUCAGGAAACAGAUCUUGAAGUUCCUGGAUGCAGAGAAGGACAUUUCCGUGCUGAAGGGGACACUGAAGCCCGGGGACAUCAUCCACUACGUCUUUGACAGGGACAGCACCAUGAACGUCUCACAGAACCUGUAUGAGCUGCUGCCCCGCACCUCGCCCCUCAAGGGCAAGCAGUUCCCCUCCUGUGCCAUCGUAGGCAACUCAGGGGUGCUGCUGGGCAGCGGCUGUGGCCCUGAGAUUGACACACACAGCUUUGUCAUCAGGUGCAACCUGGCUCCUGUUCAGGAGUACUCGCAGGAUGUGGGCACGAAAACGGACCUGGUGACCAUGAACCCAUCGGUCAUCCAGAGAGCCUUCGAGGACCUGGUGAAUGAGACGUGGCGGGAGAAGCUGCUGCAGCGCCUGCACAGCCUCAACGGCAGCAUCCUCUGGAUCCCUGCCUUCAUGGCCAAGGGGGGCAAGGAGCGCGUGGAGUGGGUUAACGAGCUCAUCCUGAAACACCGCAUCAACGUCAGGACUGCCUACCCCUCACUGCGCCUGCUGCACGCCGUCCGAGGGUACUGGCUGACCAACAAGGUGCACAUCAAGCGACCCACCACUGGCCUCCUCAUGUACACCUUGGCCACUCGUUUCUGCAACCGCAUCCAUCUCUACGGCUUUUGGCCAUUCCCCCUGGACCAGAACCAGCAGCCAGUCAAGUACCACUACUAUGACAGCCUGAAGUACGGCUACACCUCGCAGGCCAGCCCGCACACCAUGCCCUUGGAGUUCAAAGCCUUAAAGACUCUGCACCAGCAGGGAGCCUUGAAGCUGACUGUAGGGGAAUGCGAGGGGGACACGUAGGGCGGCCCCGGCUGCGAUCCUGCAGGCUGCACAACCGGGGCAGGACGGGGAGGGGGCAGAAAGGAGCCCAGUGGGGUUGGGUGUCUUUGUUAAUGCGCAGAGCAGCGGCACAAAUAUAUAUACGUGGUACCUAUAUAUAUUGACCUGAGUAUUAUAACUGUUCGGUGUUUCACCAAGGAACGGGUAGGAGACACGCGUGAGCAUCUGGAGGGGCCAGCCUGGGUGAAACCUUGGGUUUGCUGGGCUGGGCCAGGCGUUCGAUCUACGUCCAUGACGUGUGAUGGUGACCUUGGUUUUUGAGGGUAUGUUAGGUGAUGGGUAGACGUUCAGCCGUUUGUCGUGACUGGUCCGAGGUUGGUAGUUAGUUUGUUCGGCCAAGAGCGCCGCUGCCGGCACGUUCUUGGCUCCGUGCUCGGGGAGGGAAGGGGCAGGGAGCGGGGUGGGCAGGGAAGGUUUGUUGGCGGCUCUCACAGCUCAGAAGCACCAAGCAGGACCCAUCUCCUGCCCUGCAGGACCUGGUGCCCAGCAGAGUGGCACGCAGACCCAUUCCAAGUGGUGUGGGCGUGCGAGUGGCCCUGGGGGGAUGCAGCCUUCGCUGGAUGAGCUGGGUGAACAGUUAGGAGGAUGCUGAGGGUGAGUUUUGAGGAUGGGUUUUCCUUUCCUAAAGAAUAAUGCAUAAAGGAGCAGAGAUGCUGGAAUGUGGCAGGAAGAAGGUUUGAUGCUGCAAACCAACACCAUUAGUAUGAAGUGUCUUACUGUGCUCUAGUAUAAGACACUCAACAUCUGCCAGGGCUCGUGAAAACCAUAAGUAUGACGAGCUCUAAAUUCCCAAAAGCUACCUGCUAAGCAGCCUGCCUUCUCUCCCCGUCCGAAAAUAACUGCUGAUAAAUCAGCGAUGGGCCUGAGACCCAGCCAAGUAGAAAGACCGCAGGACUUCAAGGGACUUUGUCAAGUCUAAAUAAUUUAUUUUCACUUCCCUGCAAGGAGCUAGCACACUGUGCUGUGUUCCUGGAGUCCUGCUCUUGCCUUUCUUUCAAGCUCCAAUUAGUUGUUGCUGCGAACAGUUAAAUAGGAUGUCAGAUGGAUCUCAAUGGGAUGCUUGCACAGUAAUGAACGUCAAAGAAGUAAUUAAUCUUUUCCCGUGCU